AUGACCACAUCAUCGAGAGACGAAGAACAGCUAGCAGAUCUGAGGUUCAAAUAUGAACUGCUUAUAAAUGAACUUUUUCACUUGAAAGAAUUUACAUCUUUGGUAGAGUUUGAUCCGAGCUUUAGAAACUCAUCUGAAAGCUUCAAUAGCUUUGUCAUGAAGAGCGGCCUAGCUUUAACAUCGACGGAUGGGGAGAGCAUCUCUGAAAGCAAUGCUACAAGAAGGAUCCGCAAGCGUAGUGUGAGGAGUGAACGCUCGUCAUACGAGGAAAGAAUAAAAUCGUUGGACCCGUUGGUUGACGAAAAGUAUAAGGAACUACAAUACCGGUUAGAUGGGGAACCAUACAUGCAUCAAAAAGUUCACAAAGUUACCAGUACUGUUAAGAAAAGAAAGUUGAGCACCAACAGUUCGCAAAAAGUGGUUAAGGUCGAGGAAAAAAAAUCGACUACACCUGAAUUUCUUCUGAACAAGUCAGUAAUAAAACAUUCUGUUGGCGAUUCAAUUUCGGACAAUAAGAAGCAGAACUAUAAUAACGACUACGAUGAUGAUAACAAUUACAAUGACAAUGACAGCUUUUAUUUCACGACUUCAUCGGAAGAAGAUGAAAUAGAAAGCAAGAGGUACAGACCAAAAAGGCCACGAAUAACUCUUACGGUUAAUCCUCCAAAACAAACUGUGACAAACCCGCUACAUGUGCUAAAGCCCGGGCAUCCCUCUUUGCAUGAUUUUUUGAAUUCCUUCAAAUCCUUAGAUGAUGACCUCACCAUCGAAGAGUACAAUAAAUACAUCGACGAGCAAAAAGGCGUUUUUGCAGGCAUCCGAAAAGGUUUGCAGAAUGGCGUUCUAGAGUAUGACCCUUCUACAGAUUCUAUCAAGGCAAUAACUCUUAAGGAUGCAACAGGCACUCAAUCGAAUAAGCCAGAAUCAAUCACUUUUCUCUACAAAGAGCAGCAGCUAUAUACUCUACAGGAUCAUCUCAUUAAUCAAGGCAUAGUCAUGAGCAAAAUGUUUCAGGACAAUAGGAAGGCACGUAUUGCUCGGGCGCGCAAAGUUUCUCAGAUGAUAGAGCAACAUUUCAGACAUGUUGCUGGUGCAGAGGAGCGUAAACAAAAGGAGGAAGAAAGGCGAAUGAAAAACCUAGCAAGGUUAGCGAUGCAGGCCGUUAAGAAAAGGUGGCAACUAGCCGAAAAGGCCUUUAGGGUUUUGAAAAAAGACGAGGAAGAUCAAUUAAAGAAAAUACAAGGAAAGGAGCAUUUGAGUAAAAUGUUAGAACAAAGCACGCAGUUACUGGGAGCCCAGCUUAAGAGAAUGGCGACCAAUAGUGACGAUGACAAUGAGAGUAUUAUGUCCGCAACAAGCGAAAACGAAAAUAGUGGUAGUGACAGUGAGUCAAUAACGUCCACUUCCUCCUCAGAAAGUGAAACAGGGUUUUCAACUGAGGAAGAGGACACCCGCCUAUCUGUGGAGCAAUUACAGGCAAAGUAUGCUAAUCUGGACUCAAGUAACGGUGAUGAUGAUGAAGAUUACAAAACAUCAAGUGCAGCUCAGGACUUUUUGGCCGAUAUCGUCUCAGACAGUAACGUAGAACUCUCACAAAGAGAAAAAUUGGAGCUAGAGAAGAAUUUGAACGAUUCGACAGGCACAGUUUUGGAUGAAGAUGGGGAAUCAUCGUUGAUGGAUGAUUCAUCUGAAUUUUCAGAAGAAGAGUCAGAAGAUGACAAAGCAUCACCAGAGAUUUCACAAUCAUCUGGUCUGGCAACACUUUUGACCAAUAUUGAUGACGAUGACGAUGAUGACGAAGAUAUAUCAGAUUAUUCUUCUUCUGAAAGAAGUGAUGAUAAUUCUCAUGACAGCGAUGUAACUUCAAUUGAUGGGGAGUCAAAAGAAGAGGGCGAUUCGGAAAUUAAGGUUACGGCAAAUGACCAUUUGGCCAAUGAAGCAGAAACAGAUGGAAAACUGGUUGAUGAUCCUCUCUCUGUUGUAGAUGUUCCUAUACCAUCCCUAUUGAGAGGUACGUUAAGAGUUUAUCAAAAGCAAGGUCUUAAUUGGCUGGCGUCACUUUACAAUAAUAAUACGAAUGGAAUUUUAGCUGAUGAAAUGGGUCUCGGUAAGACUAUCCAGACCAUCUCGCUUCUAGCUUACUUAGCUUGUGAGAAGCACAAUUGGGGUCCUCAUUUGAUCAUUGUUCCGACAUCCGUACUACUGAACUGGGAAAUGGAGUUCAAAAGGUUUGCUCCGGGAUUCAAGGUAUUAACAUAUUAUGGAUCGCCACAGCAAAGAAAGGAAAAGAGAAAGGGCUGGAAUAAGCCCAAUGCGUUUCACGUCUGUAUAACCUCUUACCAAUUGGUUGUUCAUGACCAGCACUCAUUCAAAAGAAAAAAAUGGCAAUAUAUGAUUCUAGAUGAAGCUCACAACAUCAAGAACUUCCGGUCAACUCGGUGGCAAGCUCUUUUAAAUUUUAACACAGAGAGAAGGUUACUUUUGACGGGUACUCCUUUACAGAAUAAUUUGGCGGAAUUGUGGUCCUUACUUUAUUUCCUUAUGCCACAAACGAGCGUUGGAAAUAACGGUGGAAUUCAGGGCUUUGCUGAUCUGGAUGCUUUCCAGCAAUGGUUUGGACGUCCUGUCGACAAAAUCAUUGAGACAGGACAGGCCUAUGAACAAGAUGAUGAAACUAGGAAAACUGUUGCAAAAUUGCACCAAGUACUGAGACCAUAUUUGCUGAGAAGAUUAAAGGCAGAUGUUGAAAAACAAAUGCCUGCUAAGCAUGAGCACAUCAUAUACUGCCGGUUAUCAAAACGACAACGAUUUUUGUAUGAUGAUUUCAUGUCAAGGGCACAAACAAAGGAAACUCUAGCGAGCGGUAACUUCAUGUCAAUCAUAAAUUGUUUGAUGCAACUGAGAAAGGUUUGCAAUCAUCCGGAUUUGUUUGAGGUUCGCCCCAUCACUACUUCAUUCGCCAUUCCGAGAAGUGUAUUACAUGAUUAUACAGAAACGAACGGUUUAAUAUUGGGAAAGCUACACGCCGAUGAUCACGACCGACUAGUCGAUUUGAAUGCGCUGGGCUUGAAUUUCACCUCUAAUGAUCUUACGAUGACAAAAGACUUUUCACUGAGUGUUGCAAAAUCACAAUGCAUUGCAGAGUUCACACACGAAAUCGCACGACUAAGGCAAGAAGCUGAUGCAAAACUAGCUUCUGAUGCAGCUGCAUCUCCUGUCAAUCUUCAGAAUAUCUCGAAGUUUUAUCAAAGCUUUCUUGGUCGAAAAUAUAAAGGCAUGAUCGAUAAACUCGAAUUUUUGAAAUACAUCAAUGCAUUCCGCUGCUCCAAAAGACCAGUUUAUGGGAAGAACUUGGUAGAUCUCUUAAAAGUCAGUGACAAAAUAAAUCACGAACUUGGGUUCGAUGAAGAAGCAAUCAAACCUCUUGAGACAAGGGUGAAGACAUACAAUAACGUAAUUGAAAAAUUCGCCGUCUUGACACCUCCUGUGGUGACUUUGGACAAUCGAGAUCUUUCUGUGGGGCUCAACCCCGAAAGCGUUCUACAUCCAGCAACAAAGAAUCUAUUACGGUACGAAAUGAUACACCUAGAUAAUUCGUUUCAUCACUUACAAACAAAACUCGCCAUCGCCUUCCCUGAUAAGUCAUUAUUGCAAUAUGAUUGUGGCAAACUACAAAAGCUAGCUCAGUUAUUGCGAAACCUCAAAGAUGGUGGCCAUAGGGCUUUGAUUUUCACGCAAAUGACCAAAGUUCUAGAUAUUUUAGAACUUUUCCUGAAUUAUCAUGGUUAUUUGUACAUGAGACUGGAUGGUGCUACUAAAAUUGAAGACAGGCAGAUUUUGACAGAGCGUUUUAAUAGUGAUCCAAGAAUAACUGUUUUCAUUCUAUCCAGUAGAUCAGGUGGUUUAGGUAUCAACCUUACAGGUGCUGACACGGUGAUUUUUUACGAUUCAGACUGGAAUCCAGCUAUGGACAAGCAAUGUCAAGAUCGUUGUCAUCGUAUUGGGCAGACGCGCGAUGUGCACAUAUACCGGUUAGUAAGUGAGAACACAAUUGAAAGUAAUAUACUAAAGAAGGCGAACCAGAAACGAGAAUUAGAUAACGUUGUGAUUCAACGCGGUGACUUCACAACUGACUACUUUACUAAGCUUUCUGUGAAGGAUCUGCUUGGAGCGGAAGUUCCUAACGUUGCCGCAAAUGAUAAGCCACUACUAUUCGAUAGUGAUGCAGCUACUAAAGAUCCACGCAAAUUAGAAAAGCUGCUUGCUCAAGCGGAGGACGAGGACGACGUCAAAGCUGCUAAUUUGGCAAUGAGAGAAGUUGAGGUUGACAACGAAGACUUUCACGAGAACAAUGACGGUCUUGAUCAAGUAGACCAGCAAAAUCCUCCAGAUGAUGAGUACGAGGGAACAAGGCAUGUCGAAGAGUACAUGAUACGUUUCAUAGCAAACGGUUUUUAUAAUGAUUGA